GAGAACAUGAGGCUGGCGAUAGUUCCAAUAUAAGCCAAUCAUCAGAAGUUCAGACCCAAAGGAAUGAAUGAGCUGCCUUAAUUUGUUGCCUUGUCAAAUGGAAGUGAAUAAUAUUACCGUCUGUCUUGCAAACAAAACCAAGAACAAGAACCAGCAUCAACCCUCCAGCUACUUCUUCCUUAGACAGAACAAGCAGCUAGCCUUUCCUGGACGCUUGCACAUUUCCAAGUUGAGAUGAGCAGAAGAAGAUUUGGAUCGGUUCGAUCGGCGAACAGUCUAGUAUAUGGAGAUAAAACCUUUGAAGGAAGUCCUUCUCCUUUGCUCAAGAAACACAAUGCCCAGUUAGAUAGCCCAGAGUCUCCUUCUAGAGCAAGAGAACUCCAUAUGGCAAGGAGGGACAUAGUUCGGUACAGAGAAACCAGAACAGACACAGACUUGGUCAAAGAACAGGCACAGAUUGAGCUAUAUGAUGCAAAGAAGAUAGCCAAAGACUUGUCUUCGGUAAUUGAGGAAUCAAACACUGUGACCAGAGCGCACACAAGAGAGAUUGAAGCACUGAGGAAACCAAGAAGGCGUGGGGAUAGUCGAGUAUUAAUGCCUGUUGGGGAUAAUCAUGUGGAGAAUAACAAAAAUUUUGAACAAGUCAUGAGAGAAUUGCAUCUCUUGAAGCAGGAGCUGAGCCUGCUCAAGCUAGAUAUGGCUAAUGUUUUGGAAGAGAAGUCACAGGCAGAGAAGCAAGCAGAAUCUGCAAAUGAAAAGAUGAUGUUUUACACAAGCUCAGCUGAAGCUAUCAGGAAGGAGAUUGAAGAAGCUGAUGAAGAGCAAUUGCUAGUUGAGCUGUCUAAGAUUGAAGCCUUGAAGGAAUUUGGAGAUAUUGAAACUGAGAGACAAGAAGAAGCCAAGCAUCUCUCAUCUGUGGUGGAGGAAACCAGGAAAAAAGUGGAAGAUAUUACUCAAGAGAUUGAUCAGUCAGAGCAACUUGAAACCAGAUUAUCUGAAACAUUGUCUAAUGUGGAGGUGUUGCAGAAUGAACUUGAGGUAGUUAAAGCGAUGGACAAAAGUAGUAGUCCAUUGACUGAUAGCUUGCAGGUUUCAGAAGCCAGUUUCCAAAGAGAAGAGGAAGCUGAAGCUUCACCCUUGUUACAAUCGAUCACAGAAGAGUUAGAAGCGGCAAAGAAAGAACUAGCUGCAGUAAAGGAAGAAGGAAUGCAAUACAUGGCCUCCAUGAAUGUAAUAAGAAAUGAGAUGAAGCAUAUCACAGAUGAGACAGCUCGGAUAAAGAAGGCAGAAGAUAAAGUGGAUUUAACUGUUCAAAAUAUCAAUUCAAAGCUUCUCAGAGCCAAAGCCAAGUUGGAAGCUGUAUCUGCAUCUGAAGAAAAAGGGCAAUCAAUUCUAUCCAGUCUUUCUCUCACUCUUGAACAGCUUAAGGCGGAUGCUGAUGCUGCAAAGAAAGAGAAGGAUCGGGCCAGUGAAGAGGCCGCAACCACUAAGUCAGAAAUACUCAAGAUUGAAUCAGAUAUAGAUGUUGCUGAGGACAAAUUUGAGGCUGCAAUGCAAGAGCUUGAAGCUAUCAAAUCUUCAGAGGCUAUUGCUCUUGAAAAUCUCAAAAAUCUUAUUGAGACUAGCAUGAGAGCGAGAGCUUCUGCGGCUCAGAGUAGUUCUUCGAUAACCAUAUCCAAGUUCGAAUAUGAAUACUUGACAGGACGUGCACUUGUGGCCGAAGAAAUUGCUGAUAAAAAGGUAGCAGCAGCUCAGGCUUGGAUUGAAGCUAUAAAGGCCAGUGAGAAGGAAAUAUUGAUAAAGAUAGACUUAGCUGAGAGAGAGUUGAAAGAAUCGAUGGUGGAGGAGAAAGAGCAAGAGGCCUCUAGACCUGGAAGACAGUCUUCAGGACAGAGGAUGCUUGAGGGACAAGAACUACAAAACUGGAAACAAAAGAGGGAUAAAAAUGCAGCAUCUGGACACCGGCCUAGCUAUGGAAAUUUAACUCCAUCAAGGCAGGCCAAGCUCCGAAAAUCUGCGUCUCCUGGAGCUCGACAAUUUAAUAAUUUCCCCAUUCAGAAAAAGAAGAAGGUAAUACCUAAUCUGGGAAAAUUGUUUGGGGGUAAGAAAAUUGAAAAAGAUGAGUGAUCUGUUUCAAGUUUAUGCAAAACUGAGUCCACUAGAAACUACACCUCUCAAAUACUUUUAGCUUUAGGAGCUUCUCAUAGCUCUGUUCUUUUGCAAAUAACUGCUCCUCAAUAAAGCUUUUGGUUUCCAAAAAUGUGUAGUCUGAGUGAUCUAGUAGUGUGUGCAUGAGAGUAUUCAUGUACAAUAAUGCCAUAGUUGUGAAGGAUUCAUGUCUGUUAUAAAAGAGAGUAGAGUUGUAAGCAUGCGAGU